AUGGAAGUAAUCUACCAAAAAUUAAAAGUUUUUGAUACACAUGUUGAAAAAGAAUUCUGGUUCAAAAAUAAAAAUAUACAAAUUGUCUCCAUUUGGCUCAAUUUAACAGAAGACAAAAAUAAAGAAUUUGGUCAUUCAAAAUUACUAGAAGAAGACCUUCAUACAGAUAAGAUCUUGAACAAAAAAGAGAGUAAAGAAUUCGUAGAAAAAACCUGA